AUGAAUGAAACGAUCAUAGUGCCGCUGACUGUUGAUAAUGAACUAUAUCCAGCUUUGAUUCAAUGUUUCUUCAUUAUCUGCUGUGGCUACAUAGCCGGUCAACUGAAUCUGUUAACAACUGCUCAUUCCAUUGGUUUAUCAAGGUAUAUAAGUAACUUUGCAUUACCAGCGGUUAUAUUCAAGAAUCUCGUCGAUGUCCAAUUUCAAAGUGUUUCAUGGCAAUUUCUUACAUCUGUUCUGAUUAGUAAAUCAAUCUUGUUUUUAAUGACAAUUCUUCUGACGUAUAUUGUUGAACGUCCGAAAAAUCUCGCUAGCAUGGGUCAUUAUGCGAUCAUGACUACUCAAAGUAAUGAUUUUGCAUUGAUUCUACCUAUUAUUCAAGCAGUUUAUAAGCAAUCUCAUCCGGAAUAUAGUCGAUACAUUUACUUAAUUGCACCUAUCUCACUUGUCUUACUCAAUCCGAUCGGAUUUAUCUUGAUUGAGACACAGACACGUUUGGAUGAUCAACGGCGACAUCGCGGAAGUACUUGGUCGUACUUUCAACUGAUAUCGACUAUUGUUGGAAACAUCGCUCGAAAUCCCGUCGUGAUAUGUACGUUACUCGGAGUGAUAUUCAAUCAAAUAUUCCAUCAGCAUGUGCCAAGUUUAAUCGACGGCGUUCUUACACCGUUAGCUCAAUCAUUUACAGCCACCGCGCUCUUCUAUCUCGGUCUAACAAUGGUCGGAAGACUCAAUCGAUUGCAUGCACGCCUUGUUCUAACAGUAUUUCUACUCAGUAUGAUGAAAUUAGUCAUCUUCCCGUUGAUUUUACGUCAAGCUGUUUUCUUUCUCGUCAAACCACUGAACGGGAACCUGAGCUAUACUUUGGAAUAUUCGAAUUUUGGAUUUUUAUAUGGAACGUCACCAACAGCACCGUCUGUGAUGUUUUAUGUUCCUGAAUCAAUGUUAUCCCUACAAGCAAUAGCAUCGACAGAACUGGUCGUUUCAACUCUACUAUCGGGACCUAUUAUUCUUGUUUCAGCAAAAAUGAUCAAUUUACGCACAUUGAGUACGAAAGUGACUGAAUGCUAUGACAUGUUAUUAGCAACAACAGCUUAUGAUGUUAGUAUUCUAUCGUUAUUCUGUACAAUUAUUGUGUUAAUCGGAUUCUGUUUACGGCAUCGAUGGUUUAAAACAUCAUUUAUACAUAAAUACACAUUUAUUUUUGUUAGUUUACAAAUGAUUUUAUCGAUAUGGACAAUAAUUAUGCACCAUAUUAAAGUAUUUGCAUCGCUUACUAUGUCACCUAUAUUUGAUUUAGGCACUAUAUUCUUAGCAUUGGCUACGCGAACAUGGGCAACAAGUAUAUCCAUCGCGUUAAUGUUUAUCAUCUGUCAUUCGAAUGAAUUAGCUCGUCGAUGUUCCUGGAUGUAUCAUAUAUUUGGUUGGAUUGUACCCGCAUUAGUAUCUCUGAUCAUCUAUUUUUGCUCAUUAAUCUAUCAACCAGAGGAAAAUCCGGAAUUAAUAGGCGCAGGAAAGCUUGGAAAACUCCAAAUAAUUCUCUCGAUUUUAUUACUCAAUGUAUGUGUGUUGAUCAACACGAUUAGUCUUCUUCGUAUCGCACGGCGGACGUAUCAGUUAAGACACGAUCUAGCCGAUCAUCGACCAGAAACUUCUAAUGAUUCGAACUCAAUAAUGAGUGAAGCUCAAACAUUGAUCGAUGAUAAUGAUGAAGAAAUGGACACGCCAUUCAUUUCUAGAGGUAUCUUUUUCUGUUUAUCUCAUCGGAUUUUCUUACAUAUUGUCUUUGAAGAGCCCGAAGAAGUGAAAUUUGUUGAAGGUGAUGCACAAUUAUUUCGUCACGGCAUCCUUAUUGCCUUACUGACAAUCGAUGCUGUCAUUUGUGUAGCGGUGCUAUUGUGGUUAAUCAUAUCGCGUGAUCGUGAUGGUAUUUAUUAUGAAUUACAGUUCUUAGACACAGUUUUACUUUACGGACAAGGUAUUAUUUCUUUUCUUGUCUUUGCAUUGGAUGCUGACUUGCUUGUGCCGAUCUCGCGAAAAUUAAUGAAAAUGUUUUAUUGUUGCGGAUUCAGUCGAAAUUAUACACGAAAUCAAAACAGAACGGAUGCAACAUUAGACUUUGAAUUUCACAUUCGACCAGAAUUCAUCCGUCAUUCCAGGUAA